AUGUCAAUCGAAAAUUUGAAAACCUUCGACCCCUUCGCCGAAGCCGAUGAAGACACAGGAGAGACCAAGCAGUCGCAGAAUUACAUACAUAUCCGUAUUCAGCAGCGCAAUGGUCGCAAGACUCUGACGACUGUCCAAGGUCUGCCCAAGAAAUUUGACCAGAAGAAGAUCCUUAAGGUUAUCAAGAAGAAGUUCGCUUGCAAUGGCACCAUCGUUGUCGACAGCGAGAUGGGAGAGGUGAUCCAGCUUCAGGGCGAUCAGCGCAAGGAUGUACAAGAAUUCCUCACCGACAAGACUGGACUUGAGCUUGAUGCCAAGACCAUCAAGGUCCAUGGUUUCUAA